AUGAAAAGUGAAAAUUGAAGGUGAGCAGUACAAUUCACGGAAUACCGUAGAAAAUAAUGAUCAAAAUAAUGAAGCAGCAGCUCUAGUAGCCAGAAGUGAUGUUUUUCUUUUUUUAAUUAUUAAUGUCUGGUUUCUUUAAGUGCCUGGCAAACCAAGAACAGACAAGAAGAAACACCACGGACUGAAAGUCAUUGCUUGGUCUAAAGGGAAUGGCAGGAAGAGCCAACAAAGAUACAGCCACGCCGUGCCAGAUCAUAUUCUUUGGUUUUUGAACCUCCAUUUUUAUAAGUAAUUAAAUCGCUUCAAUACUAGCUAUAUUUACGUUUGUUUAUGUUUAUGUUCUUUCAAGGAAAUCAAAUUAUUUUAUCAGAAUUCAGAACUCACAGUCUUACACCAAGAACGACAUUUUUUUUUGUCUUUUGAGUUUUAACCAUGCAAUGAGCUCCUUUCAUUGACUAUAAAACCCACAAUCAAUAUCAGCCAACUCUCCAAGAAACCCUGUAGCUUUAUCUGUUACUGGCAAUUGCAAAUCCCUGGAGAAAGUUGGUUCUCCUCUCAGUUUCUUCUCAUUCUUGGUUAAACUGCUACUGUUUUUAACUAGCAAGAUGAUAAUGAAGUUAUUUAUGUUUAUCUUACUGUCGGAAGCAGCCAGUUCUUCGGUUACCUCAAACAGGCCUAGCAAUGAAUUUGAGGUGAUUGAAAAAGAAUAUCUAAACUGGGUUAAACAGAUGUCUUCUUUCAAGCACUCUCUCCAGGGAAAAGCAAAGAACAAAUUAAACCCAUGCUUAACCAUAAGAGUAAACAAAAAACCGAGACUAGGAGAGUUUGCUACAGUGCAAAAUGCUAUUAAAUCGAUUCCAAUUGUUAAUCACUGCCGGGUUGUAAUCUCCAUUGGAGCAGGAGCUUACAGUGAAAAGGUUGAAAUUCCUGCAACCAUGGCUUACAUUACUUUGGUAGGUGCCGGUGCCGACAAAACCGUCAUCGAGUGGGAUGACACAGCAGACAGGAUGGGGCAGGGUGGGCGUCUGCUUGGCACCUACGGCUCUGCAACAUUCGCCAUUAAUUCUCCUUAUUUUAUUGCAAAGAACAUCACCUUCAAGAACAAAGCACCAUCACCGCCAUCAGGAGCUUUAGGAAAGCAAGCAGUGGCACUGCGGAUUUCCGCGGAUACAGCAGCCUUUAUUGGUUGCAAGUUUAUUGGAGCUCAGGACACUCUUUACGAUCACAUUGGUAGACACUACUUCAAGGACUGCUACAUUGAAGGUUCUGUGGAUUUUAUAUUUGGAAAUGGCCUUUCCCUUUAUAGGGACUGCCAUUUGCAUGCCGUAACCAACAGCUAUGGAGCCCUGACUGCCCAGAAGAGGGAGAGCUUGCUUGAGGAAACCGGCUUCUCCUUCGUCAAUUGCAAGGUCACUGGGUCUGGUGCCCUCUACUUGGGGAGGGCGUGGGGCACUUUUUCAAGGGUGGUCUUUGUUUAUACUUACAUGGACAAGAUCAUCACCCCGAGAGGAUGGUAUGACUGGGGAGACAAAAACAGAGAAAUGACCGUGUUUUAUGGACAGUACAAGUGUUCAGGACCUGGAGCUGAUUUUGGUGGGCGAGUGUCAUGGGCUAGAGAGCUUACUCAAGAGCAGGCAAAGCCAUUUAUUUCAGUUGAAUUCAUUGAUGGCCGGAUUUGGCUUCCUGCUUCAUGAUCACGCCUUUAUUCUUCAACCGCAGCUUAUAAACCAAGUUAUAAAGUUAUAUUUCUUCAAAUCCAUCUAGUUACUAAGAAAUGACAGUUCAUGAUUCGUAGUAACCCAGAUGGC